AGGGUGUUACAAGCUUUCAUCAUCAUCUGGUGUGGUAAUUCAAUCCGCAGUUGCAACAGCCACUGCUGUUUUGAAUUUCAGGGGAAGAUCUAUCACUCAGUUACAGCCAAAUUCUGCUUCACGAACACCUCUACGAAUCCAGUGCUUAAUUUCAAGAUUAGUGUAUCCCUAUGUUGCUUUAAUACGUGGAGAAGAUGCACAAAUGCAAGCACCUGUUUUCUCAGAGAGAUGAGGUCCCCCUCUUUUGGAAGAAGAUCGUGGGGUUUUAUUUCUGUCCACAUCCUAUCCAGCCUCAGCACGGUUCUCGAGGAGUGCCUUCCUUCAGCACUAUUCAUUUCUCAUAGUGAUAAGGAAGAAACAGAAUGCUGUUAAUCUUCAAGGAAACUUCAGCACUGUAAGCACAGAGACUACUUGAUACUUUUCUAAUUUCAAGUCAAGAAUUUUGGAGGGACAAACCUAAAACUAAGUUUGCUUGAAAAUCACAACAAAGAAGGGGCAAGCUCAAGUUAUGGGUGGCUGCCAUAGCAAAAUAAAACACUACUACUCAUUGACCUUCUGGAACAGUUUUAACUUAAAGGUCUUCAGGCAUUCUCCAGAGCACUGAUUCCUGCGGUUUGGAUUUAACACUGCAUAACAGCUCUUGUGUGCCUUUCACCUGUGAAUCACUGAGCAGAUACCUGGCACCAUUGGAUCCAGCAUACAAAACGUCCUGAUGGGAUCACUCCCUGUAACACCAUUGUGGUUUCUGUUCCUGUCUCUGCAGAUUUUCUUUGCUUUGUCAAAUGUUGUUAAUCAUACCAGUUUUUUGUGCGGUCCGAAUAAGGUUCUAAAUAUGACAGUGACCUGGUGUGAUCCGCUCUGCCCGGAUGAAACUUUCAACAAUUCUGUCAGAAUCAACAAUACAGCCAGAACAUUUCUCAGUAACGACAGAAGCCUUCACCUCAAUGUUCAUCAACAGGAUGUCACUGUGCACAUAACAAACACAACACAGUUGGAAAAGAGAAUCUACAGGAUUUUGAUCGCAGGGAGCAAACAGUCUGUAGAAAGAUAUCUACGAAUGAAGUUUACAGCUCCUGAUCGUGCCAAGCCUGACAUCAGUACAAAGAACAUUACGUGCCAAAUAACCAACCUGAUUCCAGAUGGCUUCUUCCCUACCUCACCUGAAAGCCAGAAUCAGGCACGUGGAUAUCCAGUUACCAUGGAUGCCUAUCACAGCAAUGCUGUUCCGGAGAAGAUAAUAGGCAUAACUGAACCAGGACACAUGGUUGCUAUUGUGGUAAUAAUCUUGGUAAUUCUAGGUGGUUUAGUGCUCAGCAUUCGAUGCAUCAGAAGAAAGCCAGAAGUGGCUGUAGGUGUGAUGCGGAGGACACAGAGGUACCUGAGAGGCACAAAGCAUAGGGCAUAGUGUUUAAGGAGACUGGAAGGGUAAAGUGGCGGCAAGAAACAGAAAACAUCUUAAGUGGAAGAAAAAAAAAAGUCUUCAUUUGGGAAGGGAUUCCACCAGCAUCAGAGGACUGCUAAAAGUAGCUGAGGAAAGUAAUUUACUACAUCCUGAGCAGCCCAAAUACACUGUAAUGCAUUUUAAUACCCUUUGAAACACAUUUACUGAAGAAAAGUCCUAGUCAACAUCAUACAACUGCUUAGUGGGAUAUAGUAUCUUUCUGGAGCUCUACAAAGCAUCAGGUACUCUAGAGGGAGGAUCCAUCUUCAGAAUUAUUCAACCUGUUCAAAAGCAACCUGUUCAAAACCUGCUGAACUCUUUUGUUCAGAUCCUGGCUUUCAUUAACUAAAUGAUUAGUCCAUCUGGGAACCUUUCUGGAAUUGAUGAAAAUAAGGACAAUUCAAUGGCCAUAACUUUGUAGAAUAUCCUGUUCCUCAUUAAACACGGGCUUCUGGACUAAGUGUAUGUAAAGGGUAGGUUAGCUGUAAUGACUACUUCUGGGUUGUAACAAAAUAAUGACAUAGUCUUACAGAUUAAACCUCAAUCUCACAUUUUUUCACUAUAGUUUGUGGUAUUUAAGAUGAAAGCUAAAAAAAUCCAUUUGAUUCUAAUAUGAACUUUUUGCAGGCCAGGAUUUAGCUGAACAGAAUUUGGAAGCACAUUUACCAAUUUUCUCAGAAUUGUUCAAGAAAUCCUAGCUUAAUUCAGGAAUUACAUGUUGAAAACCUGAGGCAGGUUCUUUCUGUUCAUCAUUUAAGUCCCUAAUAAACUGCAGCAUUACUGUAACUGUUCUCAGUCCUCUGGUAUGUACCCUAAAGAAAACCACAUUGUGCAGGUAAUUUCAGAUUAUUUUGUUAUGUAGAGAAAGAUAAACAUAUUGAAAAAGUCAAUAGUCAAUUAUCAAAAGUCAAAAGUCAAUAGGGGUGGGCAAUUAUUUCGGCUGGUGGGCCACUUAAGUGAGUUGUAAUGACCUGUCAAGAGCUGCACACAUAUAAUCUUUCAGAAGAUAUCAUUUUAAUCAAUUAUAAAUAAAAAAUCAGAUACUAAAAAUCAUCAAACAUCUACUGUAACAUGUUUAAUUUUAUUUCUAAAAAUAAUUUUUGUCCUGAUUCACGCUUCUCUUAGUAGUGUAUAUAGAUGCAAUUGGCUGGACAUGUGGUAGCUGGUGCACAUCCCUACAGCUGCUGCCACUUCCCUGUGCUACGUGCUGCCCAAAGUGACUCACCAGGGGCAGGAAGGGCCAAGCAGCACCUGAGCGGCUACAGCAGGAGCAGCACUGCCAGGAAGCUGGGCCAGGGCUGGGGCUGGGGCUGGUGGGGCUCAGCCUCCUGUGGAGUACCUUGGGGGGCAGCUGUGGGCCAGAUACAACCAAUUGCCAGGCUGCCUCCAGCCCAUGGACCAUAUUUUGCCCAUCCUGUAUCUAUGGUUAUAAGAAGCUUGAUUGUCCUGUCUUUUACUAAAACAAACACUUUUUAAGGGAAUAUCAUUUCUUACAAUAAAGGGCCAUGAUGUUUCUGGAUCUGGAGACAGACUGAAGUGCUAUUUCAUUCAGAGUCCAAGUGGUGACUUCUAAAUGUGCUGGUAGACAACCUCAUCAUAGUGCUUUAUUUCUGAAAAGUUUCUCUAGAGUUCAACCAAUGUAGGGUAAAGAAACAGGGCCUAUCAAUGCUAAAUUAGAGCUACCGAUAAAUGUAAAAGUUUAGAAUUCAGGUUUGAAUUGAAUGAGGCCUCAGAUGUUUGUGUAAAUAUACAUGAUACACAACUUUUAAUCAGAACUAAGUGAAUAUCAUAUUUACUCACAUAGCACACUCCUUCAAAUAAGGUGCACACCUUUUUUUUAAAAAAAAAAUCAGAAUGUAGGAAAAAAGUUAUUUCCUUUUAACCAAACUGUGCAGGAUCAGUUUCCUUGUUUGGCGUGCACUCUGAUUUUUGAUUGCUAAGUUUUAAAGCUAAAGGUGACUGGUACAUGAAUAAUAAGGGAAUUCAUAAUCAAUAUAUGUUUUUUUUCUUUUGCUUAAUAUCCAAAACUACUGCAGUUGUCUUAUCUUAGAUUGUUCUUUUCAAUUUUUGUGUACUUAAUUGUGCUUUUUAAAAAACUGAAUUAAUUGGAGAGAUCUUUGUGAUUGAAUGAGAUUAAACAGUGCUGUUCAGUGCUGUUCAUUAGUCUGUGAUUGUUCAGACAAGCCACUUUUCUCCUCCUCCAUCUCAUGCAAAGAAGCAUUUCUGGUGCAACAAAAUGCACGUUGCAUUUGUAGUCGCUACCAAUGGACCUCUGUGACAAAACAAAGUUGUUUAGAUGGUCACAGUAAUUUGAUAUGAAAGGAUUACAAAGCAACACCAAUUCAAAGUCCCUUAAAAUUCCAGAUAAAUAUUGUCUUCAUUUCUUUUUCCACUUUGCUCAUCCAACUGUGAACACGAGUCUGCAAUGUUUAGCAGGGAAUCUCGUGAAUUAUAGGGGUGCAUGUGUGAUAUCUUGCAAUUUUUAAACCUUGUCAUGGUCAAACCUGGGAGUGCAAAGGCCUGUGACAAAACCAAACAAAAUGAGACAAAAAAAUAAUUUCAGAAAUAUAAAAAGCUUUCGUGCUGACAUUUGGUUCUUGAAAUAGGCAGAAGCUACUACCAAUUCACUGUUAUUUUUUUCCAAAACACUUUGUCUCACCUUUGUUAGCAUCUGUAUUGUUGCUAAUCUGAGAAACCCUUUCCAAAGCUGUCACUAGGUGUUCAAAUUUUGACAAUGUCUAUGUGCUGUUAGACCUCAAAAGCUUCAAAAAAAGCUGGUAAUCUCCAGGUAUCCAUUUUGUUUUUUAGAUAUUCAUUAGGACAGGGGUCUAACCUUUUGCUGGCAUGGGUCAUUCCAACCCAGCCCUGAUCAUAAGCCACAAUUCUUUGUCCCCAGAGUGGCCAGCUGCCUGCACUUACCCUCACUGAAGGUCUCCAUCCCCUCUGCAGCAAGAGUAAGUGCUGAUGCAGCAGAACAGCUGGCUCUACAGCAGGGCAAAGCACUGAAGGGAUAGAGGUCAUGGUGUGGCUUUGUGCUAUUAAUUUCCCUCAUGACGGACUGGAUAUCCUUUGCAUAUGGGUGUGGGCAGGGGCAGAGGUGGAGGGAGUGGAGGGUGUGGAGGAGUGGUUCAUGAAUCAUUUCCACUUUAGGCGAGCACUGAUUAUAUUUUCAGAAAGGGUUUUAUAGAUCCCAGUAAAAUUUAAAAUAUACAUUGUAUUUCACUUGGGUGCAUAGAUGUAGUAGAGUUAUUUCUUUUUCAUGUUUAGAAAAUGCCACACCAAAUUCAAAUACUGUGAAACAGUAAACAGUGAUCUUCAGUAGCAACCUCUGUUGUGUAUAUAUGUUUCUGUUUUAUACAUAAUAGUUUGACGGUGUCAAUGUUCCACGGUGGAGCAUUUCAAAUAUUUUUUGUGGUCAGAUCACUGAUGUUGUUGGGUGAUGUCUCCAGUGGUUUAGGACUCAAAUUGUACAAGUCUGGGAGUUUCACAUUUAAUAAUUCCUGAUCUGCAUGUUGUGUAUAAACAAACAGGUGGGAUUUUAGAUCUCAUUCAUAGUAUGGGCACUUAAGUCCUGGUAUACACACGCUUACAUGUGCGAGGAUCCAGUGAACAGGACGCUUGGUUAUGAUCUCAAAUCCAAUUUUUACAGACAUGCAGAGUUUCAUCCAAGUGGGUUGUCUCAAACUCAGGUGUUUAUUUGCAUAUAAAGUAAGAGCAUUUAUUUUCUGAUUUUGCCCUUUAUCCUAAGCUGUGCUUCUUGCAUGUAACUACUGAUUUCAGAACACACAUUUCAGGAACCUAUCUUCAUACAACAUUUCACAAUGCAUGUUUUGAGCUAACUUGUUAAACUGCAUGUCCUUAUGUAUCUUGUUGUAAAUAAAUUCCUCUAUUCAAUAAAGUGUUUUUUUAUGGAUAAAAAAAUACCAUGAUGACUGCAUCUUCCAAGUAAACUCAUUUGGUUGCUACCUUU